AUGGAAUCUGGCUACCAAAAACUACCCGAAGAGUCAAUGCGGACAGAGUGGAAUGAGAAGAAGAUAGAGGCCAACUCAGACUACCUGCAUGUAGAGGGACACCCAGUCAUGGAGAAGUGGGAGACACCAUAUAUGGACAGACUAGCCCAGAUUGCUUGUGGGAAUGGGGGCGUGGUUCUUGAGGUGGGACUGGGCAUGGCCAUCAGUGCCACUGCAAUCCAGAGAUGCAAACCAGACAAACAUCUCAUCAUUGAGCUAAACGAGAAGGUAAUUGAGCAACACAAGCAGUUCUUAGCCGACCACCCUUCCAUCCAAAUACUGCAAGGUGAUUGGCGGGAUGUUAUUGACCAACUAGAAGACAACUCUCUAGACGGUGUGCUGUACGACACAUAUCCAAUGAGUGCAGCCGAGCAACAUACUCAUCAGUUCUCUUUUAUUGAGAAAGUGAAAGCGAAACUUCGGCCUAAUGGCAUUCUUACCUAUUGCAACUUGACAUCGCUGGGCGUGCUUUUCGGUAGAUAUUUAACCAAAGACGAUAUUGCAGAAAAGACAUGGGAGACGAUUUGGAACGAAACUCAGAAACCACAUCUUCUCAGCGUUGGUUGGAAAGAGGAUGAAAUUGAGGGAUUUGAGGUGUUUAAAUUGCCAGAAGUGUCUAUCAAAGUGAGAGGCAAUUGUCUGUAUUAUUCUCAUUCGACCUGCUUGGUACCGAAGUUGAUUAAGAAAUUCUAA